UCACCGCAGCACCUUGACCGGAUUAUACCAACAAGGAAGCCAAAACACCCUGUUUUGUUUCAUGCAGUACUAAAUACUAGAAACCGUGGUGUAGUAUUUUGAAAUACUGUGCGGUAGGGUUGGGAACGGAUCCGCGCGGAGCUUUCCGGUACUUCCUCGUGCUGCGGGAGGAUAAAACAGUGACGUCGGCGGACUGAUUCUGUGGCAACAGCGCCGCAAAGGCAAGAAUCUGCGGCCGAGCCGGAACGAGAUGCGACGCGAAACACAGACCGGCAGAACGUGUUCAUAUGACAUAAGUCACAUACUUAUUUAAAGUAGACAGUCUCAGUCACAGCGUACAGGCGGAAAUCAUGCUUUGUCGCGGAGAGAGAGAUUAGACUGACGAUCACUCUGCAGCGCACUAUUCGGGCUUCACGCGACAGCGCUCGAGUUUUUUUUUUUUUUUUUUUAACGUCACCAUCCGUCCCGCGGUCUAUGUCUCGGAGCUGCGAGCACGCGCGUCCAUGGCCUCGGUAACCAGGGACGAGGAGCCGCGAUGGGUGCCGACGCACGUGCAGGUGCUGGUGAUUCGCGCCCGCGGGAUUCGCGCCAAGGGCAAGCACGGCACGAGCGACGCGUACGCCGUGGUGCAGCUCGGCAAGGAGAAGUACUCCACAUGCGUGAUGGAGAAAACCACGGAGCCCGAAUGGGGCGAGGAGUGCUCGUUCGAGCUGCAGCCUGGCGCGCUGGAGGACGGGGGCCGCGACGUGCACCCGGCGGGCACCUGCGACCUCACCCUCACCGUCAUGCACCGCCCGCUAAUCGGCCUCGACGUGUUCCUGGGCCAGACCGUGAUCGCGCUGGACAAGGCGUUCCGUGAGCGCGUGUGCAUGAGAAACGAAUGGUACAAGCUUCAUUCUAAAACUGGCAAAAAGGAGAAAGAAAGGGGAGAGCUUCAGCUAACGGUACAGUUCACUCGCCAUAACCUGACAGCCAGCAUGUAUGAUCUUUCCAUAAAGGACAAACCUCGGUCAGCCUUCAUCAGGCUGCGUGAGCGCAUGCGUGCCCGGAAGCAUGGUGGUGAUGAAGAGUCUUCCUCUGCCAUCGUGCCUGGGAGUUACGGUGCAAUAGGACGCGUGCGAGGCCGUCUUCCAAGUGAUGGUGGUGGCGAAGAAGACUAUGAGGAUGAUGAGGGAGGGGAAUUGAGGAGGAGUAAAAUGAGGAGUUACUUCCUCCAUGGAAGGUUACGGAAGUCCUCAGACACACGGUCCAGCACUUCUCUGGGUUCUGAGAGCAGUGAGUCAUCUUCCAGGGGGGGAAGCCUUAGUCCAACUGCUGGCAUCAGUGUAGUGGUCUCUGACCUCUCCAAUUCACCCAGCAACAGCAGCAACCUGACUGCAGACAACAGCCCAGAGCACACAGUUGCGCCCUCGCCACUAGUUUCUCCUGUUAGACAUGUGUUUGAUGAGGUGUGUGACUUUAGCAUCCCAGUGCCUCAUUCCCUGACCUCUGACAGUGAUGCCCCCAUUCUCCUGCCCUCUGUCUGUGUAAAUGGAAAUCCAGUUGAGACAUCUCCUCUUACUCAUCAACCCCCCUCACUGGUACUACAACAACCUAGGCUCCAGACAGAGACCCAACAAGAAGCACUGAAAACCCCUCAGACAAGCCCACCAGAGAAAGGCAAACCUACUCAGGCCCAAACAGCCCAGCCCUUAGAAAUCAAACCUCAACCCAGUCAGGUGUUUCAGACUAAGCAACCUAAAGUGGAGUCUAAAUCCAAAGCUGAACUUCAGUUCCCUGCAGUAGGGCUGCUGCAGAAGGGCUCUGCUCACUCUCUAUCCUUGCAGAACCUUUCCCGCCAUAAAGAGGAGCAGCAAGGCGGAGGGCCUGUCGACGGCCGCCGCUGGUCAUUUGAUAAACCAGGAGAGGAGGAAAAGGCGGCCAUCGCUGCUGCACUAGAGCAUACUGGGUUGAUGGCCGAUGAAACAGAGGUGGAGCCACCAGUGUCUGUAAGUGACGUAGAAGUUCAAGGCAAGAAGAAGCGCAGCUUGUUCUCACAUGCACGGUCUGAAAAAGAGGGAACUGGCCAGGUUCAGCCAGCGACAGAGGGAAGGCACAGAAGCUGGUUCAGCUCGAAGGACCCCUGCAGUAAACCAAGUCCACAUCCAGUAAAGCCUUUGACACCUCCUGAUGAGAAGAGGUCAGAAGGCCGUUCUGUUCUGGAGAAACUCAAGUUUACCAUUAAUCCAGGACGAAGUCACCAAGCCGACCUGGAAUCUGAGAAGAAGCUUUUGGUGGAAGGUGGAGGCUCCUACUACCAUCUGAACCAUAGUCAGCUGGUGUCACUCCUGCUACAGCGGGAUGCCGAGCUCCAACAGGAGAGAGAGGAGUAUGAGCGCCGGGGUGUGUUACUAGAGAAGCGGGAGGUGGAGUUAAAGAAGAUGAAAUUUUUAAUCCGAGAUCUUGAGGAUUACAUUGACACUCUGCUAGUCCGCAUCAUGGAACAAACACCUGCACUGUUGCAAGUUCGUCCCAAAAUGAAAUGAUCCGAUAGACAUUCAUCAAUCAUUUCACAGUCACUUUACAAAUCUUCCACAAUCCCUCAGCAGAAGUUGCAACCCUGCACUGCUACUGCUACCAUGCAAAUGUAGAAUGGAACAGAAAAGAAGUGUGGCAUUGCAAAACACAGUGUCUACCUAUGUGAGCCUGUCAUAUGUGGCCAGGUGCACCCCCUCCCUUCCUGACUCCCAUGAUUCUUAUUCUUAUAGGAAUUUCUGGGAAAUUUUACUUAGUUGAUGCUUGCUUCCUCUAAACAAAUGUGUAAGAGGUGCAUCUGUCCAGCUAGUUACCAAAGCUGUCUGUCAAUCAAAGGAAGGUAUGGUCUAGUUAUUGGAAACUUGAGAGAAUAGUCUUUGCUGCUUGAAUUAACGCGUUAUCCAAAUGUUCUCUUUUGUUCUUUCUUUCUCCUCACAUUAAUAGGACCUAUCUAGUUUAAGCUCAUAAAACUAUGCUACUUGAACCAGCCGAUUUUAUAGAUUUCGAGUUGAAGAGAAAAAUUAUUCUGAGAAAGAAAGCAGGAUCGGUCGUUUCUCAUCUGCUUGUGCCUCAUGUCAUGUCUUCUGCACUUUACUGAAAAGCAUAAGGUUAGAGGCACACACUAACAUACUAGCUCUUUCAGUCUGCAUCUGUCAACCAGUCCCCUUCCCAUCCCGCUCGAGCUAACAUGCACUCAUUGCUGCCAGUGCUUUCAGGUGUAAUGAACAGAAUAUACACUGUUCUUACUGCAUAAAUGCCACUCUGGUGAAAUGCCAAAUGCUGCCUUAUCAUACAGUAUGUCUCUGUUAUGUUAUUGCUGAAACCCACACUUUUCAGCUCUACACCUUACCUUGAAGUGUGACUAUAAGGGACUGUGUGUUUAGACCUGAUUCCCAACAGACUGUUAGGUUAAAUCAGGUAAUGUCAUAGGCUAUUACUGCCUCAGUGUUGAGCGAUGAACAAACAGUACUGAUGAUCAUGGAAUACUAAAUGCCAGAAGUUGAUUAUAAUUCAGUGUUCCAGUACUCCCAGUGCAGCCAUGGCUCAGGCCUAUGUCAGUGUACCUGCAGUGUUGUUCUGAUGUUAUUCGGAUGUUGCCACUAUCAGUGUUUUUUGCAGUGUAGCACCAUCUGUAGUUGUGUGGUAGCGGCCUGUGUAACAGCACUUUCAAACCACACAUACACUUAAUAAAAAGGUUCUUCCUCAAAAGCAUAAGUACAGAGCGAACACAAACACAUGCACAUUUACACUGCACUAGCUCAUUCUCUGAACCUAAGAUAUUUACAGUAUUCCUGUGCUACUGUAAUUCUUAUAGUCCAGCUAAGCUAGGAAGUCAGAGAUCAAUAUAUUACAUGUAACUCGUCACAAACGUACAAUUAGAAGCACUUAAGGCUUCACAUGUUCUGCCUCUUACCGAAUUAUGAUCUCUAGCUCUUAGGUUGUGAUUGAUAUAUAAAUUGAGUGACUUAGACUGGUAUGGUACUGUGUCGUUUGAAUGGAUUCAUGAAAUAUUAAUGUCAGUCAGAGACUAAAGUUUACAAUUCCUAAAAAAACAAACAAGUUUUACCUUUUACAUGUCUUUAUUUAAAUAAUAUAUGCUUUGUUUUCAUUGUUCCUCUUUUAUUUUUUAUUUAUUGUUUCACAGAGGUUAUGUAUAGUUCUUAAUAAUGUGUUCUAAAUUCACUUUUUUUUGGUCACAUUUACGUUCUUACAUUUUGUUCCCUUUUUAGUUGUUGAGGUGGUUGAUUAAUUUUUCCUUUUAGGUUUUACUGCUUUUAUUAAUUUUUUUUAUGCCCUGAUUGAGAUUAUGCUGUUCUAUUAACUAUGACUGGUGCAAUGAGAUGUUUUCAUUUUUUCUUUUUAAAAGUCUAAUAAUGUAGGAAGCAAUAGUGCAGAGUGCUAGAGAACUGUGAAAAGCCACAUGGAGCCUGCAGUCCGGUUAGGAGGUACAAGUGCCCUUGACUUAUUGUCAUGUUGUAGAAUGUGUCAGUGGAAUGAAUAUAGAAACCAUUAUUUGUUAUUUUAGUUAUACAAUUGUAAAUCAAAGCUGCAUUUCUGUAGCAGAUGCUCUGGUAAGUUUGAAAAUAAAAACAAUUAUUUGUGUUUAAUCCAUUCUUUAAAUUUCGUUCCUGUAAUUCUAAGAAAGAUAAAUUGCAUCAUUCUUACAUUAGUGUUUUUUUUAAUGGGCUAUCAUACUGCAUUAUUAUUAUUAAAGUUGAUUUUCACAUUUACUUCGCUUUUGAUUCCAUAAAUUCAUAGAGGACAGGUCCAGGUGGAGGCUCAUGGAUGGUGACUUUUCCACAUGGAUCAGGAUUGUUCCAUUUUUAAAUCAAGUCUUUCCUUGAGGUGCUGUUCUUUGGGGUGUACAGGUUAAAUUAUGCCUGUCCCUAGAUGGCAAACGUUUGCUUGUUUGAUUAUUGUGUUGAUAAUCGAAUUGAUAAUUGAAAGGGAAUAUUAAAAUCAGCUCUCUGAUUUGUCCUUUUGCAUCUCUCAAUGAAAUAAACUCUUUUCACAUUGG